AUGUCUGCUAUUACUUCUUUGACACCAAAUCAAGUCAAUGAUGAAUUGUUGAAAAUGCAAGCUUUUAUUAAGAAAGAAGCUGAUGAAAAGGGUAAAGAGAUUAUGUUAAAGGCUGAUCAGGAAUAUGAAAUUGAAAAGAAUGAAAUUUUAAGAAAAGAAAUUAAUAACAUUGAUAAUAAUUUUAAUGAUAAAAUGAAAAAAUCUAUUUUAAAACAACAAAUUACUAAAUCAACUAUUAAGAAUAAGUAUAGAUUGAAUUUAUUGUCUGAAAGGGAAAAGUUAUUGGAUGAGAUUUUUGAAAAGACUAAAAAAGAUUUAAUUAAGGUUACAAAUGAUAAAAAUAAAUAUUCAAAAGUUUUAAAAUCUUUAAUUUUAGAAGCUGCAAUGAAGUUAUUGGAAUCAAAUGUCAUUGUUAAAGCUAAAAAAUCAGAUUGCGAUCUACUAAACAAAUUGACAAAAGAAAUUGAAGAUGAAUUCGAAAAAUCUUCAAAUAGAAAAAUUAAAAUUACAAUUUUAAAGGAUUCUUAUCUUGACGAGACUUUAAUAGGUGGUGUUAUCGUGUCUGAUUUAAAUGGCAAAAUAGAAAUUGACAAUACUUUAGAGGAAAGAUUGAAAUUGUUAAGUGAAGAAGCAUUGCCUGCAAUUAGAUUAGAGUUAUUUGGCCCUUCAAAGACAAGAAAAUUUUUUGAUUGA